CAACAUUAAAAAUCAACAAGCAAGCGGGUCGGGGCUGCCGAGCGGCCGACUGUUUGACUUUCUUUCGUCGGUGUUUUUGCUUCACGUGUAUUUCUUCGUAACAUAUUUGCCCUUUUAAAUAUUCUUUGUGAAAUAUUGAUCGUUAUGUAUUAAUACCAGCUCUUGGUCACGAAAACUUUCUCCGUUUAAUUGCUUAGUUGCAAAAAUGCCUAGUGUUACGGAGUGACAGAUGUUUUGAGUGUAGAAUCUCGUCAUUUCUGACUUGAAUACAUAGAUAUAUCAUAACACUAAACUCUGGUCGUGUUAAGAGAGCUAUCAGCCAUGGAGUCCGACCCCCAGGAGACGGGCCUGUCCUCCGGAGAUGCAGUAAAGACAAACGGUAACACGUCACAGCCGCUGUUCCCAGAGAGCCCUGUUUACGAGCCGGAGGAAGAUGCUGACUUGGGGAAGGAUGAAACGUCAGCCAUUCUUCUUGACGAUAGCAAAGAAGAACCACUUGAAGGGAAAGAUGAGAAACCAACAUUGCAAUCCAAGAGGAAACUCUCAGAUGAAGCAGACGACGGCAGCGCUAAAAUACAGAAACUCGAUAAUACCGAAUUCACAGUCAACACACAAAACCUCGACGAAGAAGUAUCGGAAAUCAUCAGCGCAGCCAAGAAAGAUAUCCUACCCAGAGUUCAAACUCCUGUUCGAUCCAGUCCUAGACUCAAAAGGAGCAACAGCGCUGAUAUCACUAAACCUAAAACACCAAGAACGCCUAAAAGCCGCCCAGCCAGUGUCGAUAUCACUAAAGAAAGAAAGACCCCUAAGAAAUUGAAAAUAGACGAUAUAGUUGAGCGUCCAAGCAUUGAUCCAGGUAAAGAACCAUCCAAAGUUCCUGAAACUAUUGCGGAAGAAAGUGGAUCUGAAAUGAAUGAUUCGCAAAAUUUCCAUCUAGUACUAUCACCGAAUACCGAUGACGAUGCAUUGCCCAAAACUAUUACUAAUAACUACAGCAGUGAUCCAGUAUUAGUCAAGGAUAGAGAAGAAAUUAUAAGUCCAGGGAAAAUCAAUGAAACUCGAAGCGAAGGUUAUAACUACUCCGAUCAGAGCAAUCUUUCGCAACCGAAAAGACUGGAAUUCAAUAAAGGCAAAACCACUGAUCAAGAGAGCACAGAUAGUGUUGAAUCUCCACCGAGUCCUGAUCAUUUACCUACGGUUGCUUCAAAGUUAAUCUCUAAAUUAUCUAAUGGAAAUUCCUCGACACCAACUGAAUUGUCAUCGGGGAAAAGAACAGAUGAUAGUGACAGUACUCCUGAUAUGUUGAAGCUGACUAACAAUUUAAAGCGUGGUAAAAAUGAGUCUUUUCGUGUUAGUAAUAACACAACUCCAUCAACUAUAUCGCCGCUGCAAAACGGGCAUGGCAGAACGGAUCCUUUAUCUGAAACUCAGCCGCAACCUAUAUUCGAUGUCCUAGUAAAUUAUAAUGAAGACGGCGAGUUCCUAUCACUGUAUGUUGUUAAAACGGACAAUGAUCUGGGCUUGGAUAUGUGUCGCGAAUACCAAAGAUUUUCGAAACGCUUCACAAUCGACCCGUAUUUAGGCGAUGUGUCAGUCAGUACUUCGCCCUCUAGCGUUACUAGCACAGGUAUGAUCAAUCUACCUAUCAAUAGAACAUCUUUCGCAUCAACCGUUAGUUCUACUUCAAGUUCAAGUAAUAGAACUAGUGAUGGGGCGUUCGUAGUUCCUCAACCACCAAGAAAAUCAGUUGUAAACCCUAUCAGCUCAGUUAAAGGUUUUGAUGCUGUAUUGAAGAAAGUAACUGAUGUUUUCACUCACGCUAAAGAGGCUUUCGAGGGCUACCGUUCGUGUAGUGACGAUAAAAUCUCAGUUGGCGUCCAAACUACUCCCUCUACCGAUUCAUUAAGCAACGGGAAUCUAAGUCCGGAGGAAUCCUGCAAAACUGAUAAAGCGACACCAAAGAGUUCUCUUAAGAAAACCAGAGUUAGAGGACGACGGAAUCUUUCAAGCAAAACUAAAAGGAAUAUCUUACCGACUCAAGCGGAAGAGCCAGAAUAUAUGCACGGGAUGAAUUCUCCAGAAAUGGUGCCAACGAAUGGAGAUGCCGAAAAGAUUUUGAAGUCUCCUAAAUCUGAGAAACCGCUAUCAUCGCUAGUCGCAACUCCAAAGUCCGUGUCUAAGCUGAAACAGAAACGCAGACCUACAUCUCCUAGGCCUGCUACACCGGUUGAAAAGGCUUUAGUUAAGACGGAGUACCCGGGUUAUGCUCCUGACACUGCAGUUUUAGCUAAAUGGGUGGAUAAACGGUACUAUUCAGGAAAAGUUUUAGAGAUAACGGAGCCUAAUAAAUACUUGAUCAAGUUUGACGAUGGGCAGUCGAAAGUUUUGCUGGAUGAUUUCAUUAUAUUUGGGGAUACGAAGACUCUGCCGUUGCUUGGUCAGUCGGUGUAUGCAAUGGUUGAUGAGGAGCAGAAUUAUGAGCCGGGUUUGGUGCUUGGAGUUGAAGAGAAUGAUAGUGGUACUGUCACAUAUAGGUGUACUACUGAUGGCGACACAGUGGUAAUGGUGACCGCCAGCGAGCUGUAUUUAACAGAAGACCAGGCGAGAUCGCUGAAGGAAUCAUCUCGUCCUCGCUCGCCCACCUCCCCAGCGACGCCUCGCCGGCGACACCAUCGAGAAUUAGAUCUUGACAACAUUAUACAGGGUCCUAGAAGUGCAAGAUCGCGGGAUAAAGGCAACUCCAGUGCGAAGAAACGCGUGACGUCACCGAAAAGUCCGAAGGCAUCCACAUCAGGAGUAAAAACGAAAAGCACCCCUGUCAGUCGGAAACGCUUAGCGAGCGAAAGCAGCGAAAUGAGCGAAAGCAGUAAUUCAGCGCCGCCCGUCAGACUAGAGGAGGUUGCUGGCGUGGAGCCGGAGGUUCAGCGGACGCCACGCAAAAUAGACGGCGUCAAAGCGGGCCCUCUACAACUAAAAGGCGCGGCGAAACAAAAUAUCGGCAAGAAGAACUCCAAACUAACCAAAUUUGAGAACGACGAGGACACAGUGUCGACUCUAGGCCCAAUCCCAGGGCCAGACAGUAAAUUGUUCGCGGGGCUACAUUUCUUGCUGACUUGUACUGAGCCGCCGAAGAAACUCAAGUCUGACAAGUGCCAAGAUACGCGGCAUUACUCGUCAGAAGAAGAUGGCGAGACGACCGCGGGCACAGAUUGCGAGGACCUGGAGUUCUCCGACCGACCCUUUAACAAGGAACGGCUCAAAGAGCAGUUGGAGGCAGGCGGCGGCAUCGUCUACAGCCACUUCGAUGACGUUCCAAAAGCAAAAUACAGCGUCACCAAACUGAUCGCCCCCCGUCCCUGCCUCACGGCCAAAUACAUCCAAUCGCUGGCGGCGGACAUCCGGUCCGUGACCCACCAGUGGGUCAUACUGUGCUGCACGAACAACACGCUGCUGGACACCGAUGCGUACGCGCUGCCGGCCGGCUGGUCUAUUACCAAGCAGGCGUUCGUUAACUGGGUACCAUCAUCAGGCCGACGCAACACCCAAUUCUUCAAAGACAAGGUCAUCCUCCUGUGCGGCGAUCAGGACACAUUCGUCAAAUUCUGGGAACGCGUGUGCACCCUAGUCGGGGCGACCACGCGCGUCGUCAACGAAGAGGACCUAAACAUGUCGGGUGCCCUAGCUUUAGUCACCGAAUGGGACUGUCCCCACGAAGUCCAGAACAAAGCUAACCAGGACAAUAUCCCACUAGUUUCAACCACAUGGGUGGUACAGUGCCUUAUCGAGGCUAAAGUGAUCCCCCCAACCAGCCACGAUAAGUUCUCAUUUAUGUAUACGGAGCCCGAAUGAUCCUGGGACUUUAAGAAGAUACUCAUUAUACGUGAAAUUUGACACUUUAGUGAGUGGCGGAAGUGACGCUGUGUAGGUUAAGUGAUAAGUGAACGGAGUGGUACAUUCGGUAUUUUUUGUGAUAACUUGUGACAUGAAUUCCUGGCUGGUUUCUAUAGUUCGUUUUUUUAGCAUUAGAAAGAACUUGGAAGAAGGUAAGCGAUUUUGGCAUGUCUUUUAAUUGAAAAACGCUUAUUAAAAAUCAGUUACUAUCAUUUAUGAAAGCAGAAGAAUAUAAAUUAACGUAUUAGAUUUAUAAUUGUUACAUAUUUGCCGUAACUUAUUUUUAAAAUGUGUUUUUAAAUUAAGAAACAUCAAGAUUGUUUACCUUAUUUCUAAUGCUAAAAAAAACGAACUAUUUAUAAAGGCCGACGCAAUCGAGCAAUACAUCUAGAAAAAGAAGGAUAAAAAAACAUACUAACAGUUUUUUUAUACUUCAUUGGUUGCAAACAAGCAUAAGGCUUGCCUCCAAGGCUUGGUUGCAAGUGUGUUACCGGCAUUUAAGAUGGGCGUAUUUUCUUUUUUCGUCGUUCGUCUUUGUCGUUGGUCUAUAUCUGUCAUUUUGACUUAUGUAUUUGUAAGAAAGGGAUCCCGUAAAGUUUUAUGAGUAAGGGGGUAAAUAUAUACUUUGGAAAAAAUAUAGACAAGGUCCUUGUAAUUAAAAAUUCUAUGUAUUUUAGAAUUCUUUGCGUGAUACCUUUGGAGUUGGUCCAUAGCUGUGUUAACCGCUUACCAUCAGGCGAGCCUUAUGCUUGUUUGCCACCGGUGUAGUAUAAAAUAACUGUUAGGUCAUUUACUGUGAUUUUUCUACAGUACCUAACAUCCAACGUACUUUCUUUAAGUGUGGUUAUACGGCCGUCAUAUGACAACGAUGUCACAAGUUACCAAAAAAAGUCUAGAAUUGCGCCUCAACAGUUCUGUCUCAGUUUUUAAGUGACGGAUGUAUUAAGUGAUAAGUGAAAGUGAAAGGUACAAUAAAGUGAACGAUCAAAGUGAAGUGUACAUUACGCGGCUUAAUGUUAAUUUGAUACUAGUUUAUAGUAAGAAGAUAGUUACUGUCAAGAUCUGUACUUGAAAUUCAAGCGUCUUUUGUAACAUAUACCUGUGGUGAGAUAUUGAAACAUUUUCGUAAAACAAAAUAGGCUUCUUUACUAUAAAUAAAUUAAAUUGUUUCUCAAAGCGUUCAUCAUCAUCAUCAUAUGAUGACAGUCAACCGACCGCCAUAAUUAAAUAAAUAAAUAAAUAUUAUAGGACAUUUUUACACAAAUUGCCCUAAGCCCCACACGGUAAGCUCAAGAAGGCGUGUGUUGUGGGUACUCAGACAACAAUAUAUAUAAUAUAUAAAUUACAUAUGUAUAUAGAAAAUAACCACUCGGGAACAAAUAUCUGUAUAAUCAUACAAAUAAAUGCCCUUACCAGGAUUCGAACCCGGGACCAUCGGCUUCAUAGGCAGGGUCACUACCCUUUAGGCCAGACUGGUCGUCAUAAUUAAACUAAAUGAUCGCAUCAAAGGACUAUGCGUCAAAAUUGCCCCAAAACCAACAGAGUUGAGAAUUAGGUCAUUAGAUAGGUAUUUCUAUGUACUUCAUUUUGUUCUAUGAGCACCAAGCGGAAUUCCAUUGCAGAACUGAGAAAUUGGUAUUUUAGUCAAAAUUCGUCACCCUUAUUACCUAGGCAAUAGAGUCCACCGCCGGGCGAGCGCGGAAAAUCAUUCGGUGUGCUCGUCCGGCGGCGCGCGAACAUCUACCCUGCAGCAAUUAAUUUACUUGGACUCUAUUGCCUAGGUAAUAAGGGUGACGACAUUUUGGCUAAAAUACCAAUUUCUCAGUUCUGCAAUGGAAUUCCGCUUGGUGCCCAUAGAACAAAAUGAAGUACAUAUAAAUACCUAUCUAAUUACCUUACUCUCAUUUCUGUUGGCGUUGGGUCCAGGCUCCAUACAAAGUUGCCCAUGGUCCUUUGUUCUGUUAUAGUUUUUACAGUACAAAUGGUGCUAAAUGCUACUUUACCGUCCUACGGCGGGAUUAAGGACAAUACGUGUCUAGUCCAACAUUUUAAGGGCUAUAUGUACUGUAAAACGUUGUACAAUACACGUGCGAAAAGGUAAUUCGCGUGGCAAAGUGGCAAUAAAUUGAAACACGACCGAAAGGAGGGUUUGAAACCGACACGAGUUCCUACUUUUCGCAUUUGUAUCGUAAUGACUAUGUAUUAUCUACACCCUUUCAUGUAAAUCAUGACACAAGCACGCUGGUGUCACUAAAUGCGAUUCUGACACCCAUGAACUGGCCUUAUACGCAGAGCCCGUGCCCGUCUAACGAACGAACGAACGAAGUAGGGAAGACCGAGGAGAGUUGUGACAGAGGAUACUUGUGAUAUUAUCGAUUUUUUGGAAUCUAUUAACUAGAAACUAGGUCGCAAUAGCGCGCGUUUGUUAGUUCAAGCUACGAGCUAACAAACGCACACUGUUGCGACCUAGUUUCUAGUUAAUAGAUUCCAAAAAUCGACGAUGUCACAACUCUCCUCUGUCACAACUCAUCUCGGUCUCCCCUAAUAUAUAAUUCAAUCGAUUAUAACACGGGAUUUUAUAGUAAAAUAGCCUAUUUUAUUUGUAUUUUAUAGUAAAAUGUUGAUUGAUUGUGAAAUAUAGAAAAAUGACGAAAAAGCCAAAUGUAUACGUCUUGGAACCUUAAGCUGCAGGUAUUCCUAAUUUUUAAUAGAGUUAGACCAAGAAAAGGCUGCAGCGAUUUUGAUAGCCCACGCAGUGCAAGUGUUAUUUUAAACGUCAAACUUCUAUGAAAUUAUGACGUAUAAAUAACACUGCGUGUGUCAAAAUGGCGGCAGACUUUUUUUGGUCUAACUCUAGUUAAACAUAAUGAAAUUAUUAUCUAAUGACUAAAUUGUACUGAAUGUAAUAAAAUUGGUAUUAAUGUUCCAUAGGAAUGAUAGAAUAAAUAAUUUAAUUUGACCUCAAUAGUUUUAAGUCGCAAUUGGUUUCUGGAUCUCGACUUUUGUUGCAUUUGUUUUCAUUAUUUGUUACCAUAGAAAUGACAAGAAAAUAAUGAUUCUUAACCUUGUAGGAGGUAGAGAUACAAUAGAGAGUACUCUCUCCAGGCGGGCGUUAUGCCUGGGGACCGAAGUCCACUGAGAGUUAGUCGGAAGUUAUACCGGGUAUGGCAUGUAACAUGAGCAAAAAAUUUAACUGUAGGCUGCACUCCUCAUACUGACCAACAUUUGUUCAGCGACUUUUAAAAAUAACUUGUGGUGUGAUUUUUAAUACACAUUAAAGUUUAUUCUAAGACGCAAUGUAUUGCGAAUUUUGUUAUGUUUAAGACGUGACAAGCAACGUCAAUUACAAUGAAAUGGCGUGGCGAUGGCGUCCAUUGAAGAUAAUAUUUAUUUUGUAUGAAAAAUAGGGAGUCUAAAUACUUCAUAAUUUUUAAAAGUUGUUGAACAAAACUGUUACCGUUUGAGGAGUGCAAUCUAUGUUUUAAUUAUUUGCUCAUGUUACAGGCCACACGACCCGGUAUAGCAACUGACAUUUAAAACUCCGUAAGCGCGAUGUAGGUAUCUUACUAAUUGCGCUCUAGCUCCCUAACGCCAUCUGUUAGAUUAUUAAUGGCACGACGUUGGCACUGACAGCUAGAGGAUUCGCCACAACCUUUUGACAGUCACGUCAACUGACGCGCGCGGCUACAACCCAAUAUCAACCGUCGUGCAUUCCCAUAAGGUUCACUAUGGCGUGCCGCACACGAUACGUGAAUUUCAAAGGACUAAUUUACUUUUUUUUAUAUGUGGACUUUAUAGUAUUUUUCAAACUGGAAGGCCCGAUAGAUGUCAUCUCCAUACAAUUGUGACGUCCCACGGGUAAAGGUACUUUAUGGCGGUUGGCGCUCACGCUAUUAUUAACGCCGCUCCAAUAUUAUUGCGGCGCUAUGCUACGUAAGCGCCAGCCGCCAUAAGGUACCUUUUGCCGUGGAACGUCACAAUUUAUAACCUAAAAAUGCCAAAUGUCGCAAAAUUGUAUUGAAUUGACAUUUAUCAUCCUUUCCAGUUUGAAUAAUACUAAAAAAUACCAUGGUAUAGAACAAAAUUAGGUUUUAUAAUAAAAUUAUGAUUCUUAUUCCACUAUGUUCGUAACUUUUGGAAUUUCCGUAAUUAUGUAAUCAGUAUUUUUUGAUCUUUUUUUUUUAAAUGUAUUGAAUUGGCGAAGUCAUAGGAGUGUAUUAAAAUUAACAUCAUUGUAGUGUUAGGUAUAAUACAAUGAGAAAGAAUAUAUCAUUCUUAAAUAUGUAUUGUGUUAGAGGAUGAAUUGCCUAUUGACACAAAAUGUACUCAAUGUAUUAAAGUUUACUGUCAAAUAAAAGAGCUGUCCAAAACUGCCAAGACCCAGUUUUAUAGAAAAAGGCCAAAGCAUUCUUUUCAAUUUGAUUUAACAUAAUCCGUGUAGACCAAGGUAAGUCUGCAGUGAUUUUGAUAGCACGCGCAGUGCAAUUUAUACGUCAUAAUUUCAUAGAACACUUGCACUGAACAACAAAAUCGUUGCAGACUUGUCUUGGUCUAUUUAGACCUAAUAUAAUGUAAAUGAAAAUAAUAUUAUAAACUGUUAUCAAAUGAAAAUAAAAUGUUUACUGAGGGCCUUCGACGUGUUGCCUCCCUGUCACACUUACGUACGAAUUUACAAGUGCGACAGAGAGGCAACACGUCGAACGUGAUUGGCGGUAGGCCCUCUGAUACACAAUGCAAUGUUCAAAAUUUCAGAGUAACGUGAUUUCAUAUAAUUGUUAUUAUUAUGAUGAUAUUUAACAUAGGUAGGUAUAUGUAAUCAUAGUUGAGCUGUUUGCUCAAGUAUUUCGCACAUUUAGUCCAGGCAAAUGUCCUGUGGCUUUAGGGGCUAUUCAUAAAUUACGUCAUUUCAAAUUAGGGGGGGGGGGGGGUCUAGACAUCGGACGAUGGUAGCAUGACUUAGGAGGAAACGGGGUCAUUCGAAUCGUCAAAAAUCGAUGACGUUAUUUAUGGACAGCCCCUUAGCAUAGAGAAAAAAAAUACAUCAAAUCUGAUGUAUGGAGUGAACACUCUAUUCCUACUAUAUUUCUCUAUGGUUUUAGGCAGUUUUCCGUCAGUGUAAUGAGGCGAGAUGCAAGGAGUAUUACAUCAUGUAAUAUAUUAAAACCUACAAAACUUUUUUUUUUUAUAUUUCAGGACAUUUUUUACACAAAUUGACUGAGCCCCACGGUAAGCUCAAGAAAGCUUGUGUUGUGGGUACUCAGACAACGAUGUAUAUAAUAUAUAAAUACUUAAAUACAUAGAAAACAACCAUGACUCAGGAACAAAUAUCUGUAUCAUCAUACAAAUAAAUGCCCUUAUGAGGAUUCGAACCCGGGACCAUCGGCUUCAUAGGCAGGGUCACUACCCACUAUAAUUCGUUUUUUUUAGCAUUAGAAAGAACUCCACAGAAGUAAGCGUACAGUUAUUAUAAGGCUCUUUAAUUGUUAAUAAUGAUUGAAUUAUCUAAUGUAGCACGGUCAAUACAUAUAAUUUACUUCGAAUUAUUACCGCUAAAAUUGCCGGAUUUGGAACCACAUGCUUACUUCUGCGAAGUUCUUUCUAAUGCUAAAAAAAACGAACUAUAGGCCAGACCGGUCGUCAACUCUCACUAGUGGUCACAAAUAAAGUCUUCUUCCUCGCGUUAUCCCGGCAUUUUGCCACGGCUCAUGGGAGCCUGGGGUCCGCUUGACAACUAAUCCCAUGAUUUGACGUAGGCACUAGUUUUUACGAAAGCGACUGCCAUCUGACCUUCUAACCCAUAGGGGGAACCAGGCCUUAUUGGAAUUAGUCCGGUUUCCUCGCGAUGUUUUCCUUCACCGAAAAGCGACUGCUAAAUAUCAAAUGAUAUUUCGUACAUAAGUUCCGAAAAACUCAUUGGUACGAGCCGGGGUUUGAACCCUCGACCUCCGGAUUGCAAGUCGCACGCUCUUACCGCUAGGCCACCAGCGCUUCAUAAAUAAAGUACUGUAAAUAAUAAAUUGCCAUUCGCUAUUAAUAUUUUUUAUCUUUAUCUUUAUUUAUUUAUUUAAUCUUUAUUGCACAAAAGAAAAAUCUUAUAGUGCAAAAGGCGGACUUAAUGCCAUAAGGCAUUCUCUACCUGUCAUUUUGUUUUUUUGUGUUUAUCUGUCAUUUUGACUUAUGUAUUAGUAAGAAAGGGAGAAAACAUAAAUUAACUAAUUCAGACUCGUAAUUUUAUAAGGGGGUAGCUCUAUAUACUUUUGAGAGUAGAGUUAAACUUUAGUGGCGCCAUCUAUGUUGAGAUAUCAGUUCUUAACUUUUUGCCUCUUGCAUUGACGCUAAGCGCCACUUCCACCAUCCCACUGACCCGGGGUUAACCGGUUAAACCUGGAGUUGCCAUGGUUACCAGUACCAUUUCACACUGGGUUAACGGUUUAACCGCUUAACCCCGGUUUAGUGGGAUGGUACAAGUGGGUAGGCCCACAAACCCAGUGCUCUAUUUAUGUGUACUACCAAAAUAAUAUUUCUUCUGACAUUAAUAUCCUAUUCUAUUUUUGGUCAAAUCGCAUGUGUGAAAUUUGUACAUAUAUCUAAUAUUGUAACUUGAAUUGUAAAUAUAUUAUCUAGGUCCAAUACUUUAGUCUGAUCGUGUGUUAAACUGUACAUAACUCGGUGGUAGAAUUAUUCUAAAAUUUCUAAAUGCUAUGUAUAAUUUAAACAUUUACUUGAAAGUCUGAUAUUGUUUAGUUUUCGAAUGUAUUUUCCGAUGAUUUAAUAGGGUCGGCCGGUCAAAUUUAACAGAUGACGCCAGCGUAGUUUGCCCUGUCAGUCCCUAGAAUUGUGUCAAAUGAUUGUUUUUUUCUUAUUUAACGCCCUAGCGUCCAGGUCCUUAAGCCAAAUCUCAUGGAACUAAACUAGGGAUAGGGGCAGGCUAUGAUGGCGCCAUCUAUGCAAACUUGUGACAGUCAACCCUAUUGACUGUAUAUGUCUAGGUAGAAUAGAUAUAUGUUUAAAACAUAGUUACGAUCCACUAAGUAUGUAUAUGGCUCCUAAAAGUACCCAUAUUUAAAAAAACCUGUCCUAUCUUCUUAAAAAGGGGUUGUGCACAAAUCACGCGAGGCUACUUUUGGCACAACCCCAUUAAGAGGCAUUGUGAAAUAAAAUACAAUGUCAAAAAAUUAUCCAGUUUUUAUAAAAUCUAUACCUACCUAAUUUUGUACUGCUGUAUUGGUAGCUACGGAAUAUAAUACGAAAAAAAUACUGAAUAUAUGAUUAAUUGACGUUAGACGUAAUAGUAAUUCACUGAUAAUGUUUUCAUAUAACAAAAUCAAUAGUAUAUUUUAGAAUAAAUAUGAACGCGCAGAACACAGGUGAUUUAGUGAAAAAUCGUACGCUUUUACAAAUAUAUUUGUCUGGCUCGCAAUGACGAUUCUCACAACUAAAAAUCUAAGAAGUUUACGAAUUAUCAAUGAAGGCCAGAGCUCACUGGAUGUAUGUGCACGCACACGGCACGCAAGCGGUGUGCCGUCUCCCAUAAAACACAACACGCACAUGCACUUAUCCGCAUAUCAUUUAUAUCUAAGGUCUGGCCUUACGGGCACUAAAAAUUGUACUAAAUAGUUCAGCGGUGUCACUUGCGAAUUCGAGCCAAUCGUGCAGCCUAACGCAACUAAUUGCGACCAAUCGCGCCAGUGAUGCGAGCUCGUCUACCAAUCGCACGCGUGAUGCGAACUCACCAACCAAUCGCGAUGUAGCGGUGUCACACCGCUGUACUGGCCCCAUUCUUAUUUGGCAAGGCCAGUACUUAGAUAUCAACGGCAAUGCCGCAUACGCAUCCGGUGUGCACAGGCAUAUAACAUGCAGUACAACAGAUAGAGUACGUCUGCCCAAUGCGGUCCCGUGUUCUGCGCUUUACCCAGUGUCUUAAUCGCGUUCGAGACUCACAAUUUUAAACAAAUGACAUUCUAAAACAAAGUACCUAAGUAUUUUAGACGUUGCCUCGACGGGGAUCGAAUCCCCACCGUGACCCCAACAGGCAUCUAUUGUAUGCUAAUUGUUAGUUUAAAACAAUGUGCUUAGCUGUAAAUGGCAUUUGUGAAAUGUUUCGAUAUUUUUAGUUUUUUUUUUAUAGGUAUUGAACGUGUUAAUUAUUUUUAAAUUACUUAUGUUGCAUUUUGCAGGCUUUUUUGAAUUGUUUUCGUUGACUUGUGUCGUUAAGCGAUAGUGGGUGUAAUUAUGUGUAAACUCAAAAUAAAAAUCAUUAAUGAAUA